AUGUCUAACCACGUCUAUCCUUCCAAACCCACCUUCCCAAGAGAUGCAACGAAAAAGGACUAUGCUGCAUCCCUAGAUGCGGCAGACCCUUUGGCUGCAUUUCGUGAUAAAUUCAUCGUUCCUUCGAAAGCCAACAUCAACUGUAGAAAGCUUGCAAAGCCAGACCUGUCGUCAGAACCAUGCAUUUACUUCUGUGGCAACUCUCUUGGAAUCCAGCCAAAGGCUACAGCAAAAUUUAUCCAAGCACAAUUGGAUACUUGGUCAUCCAUUGGAGUCUCGGGUCACUUUGUCGACCUCGAGGGCUCGCCACUAAGGCAAUGGCAGUUGCUGUCUGAACAAGCCGCUGAAUCGAUGUGUAAAAUCGUCGGAGCAGAGCCUGCAGAAGUCGCAGCGAUGGGAACGCUGACUGCGAACCUGCACCUACUUCUUGCGAGCUUUUAUAGGCCGACGGCUACCAAGUACAAGAUUCUGAUGGACUGGAAGGCAUUUCCAAGUGAUCAUUAUGCCAUUGAAUCUCAUAUUGCCUGGCAUGGCCUAGAUCCAAACCAGUCCAUGGUGCUCAUUGGGCCCGAUGAAAGCGAAUAUGAGAUUUCCACAGAGAAGAUCUUGUCCUACAUAGACCAGCACGCGGACGAUGCAACUCUUAUUCUUCUGCCAGGUAUCCAGUACUAUACUGGACAGCUCUUUGAUAUUCCGAAGAUCACCGAGUAUGCGCAUUCACGUAAUCUGACAGUCGGGUGGGAUCUAGCCCAUGCGUUCGGAAAUGUCGAGCUGAAACUUAAUGAAUGGGACGUUGAUUUCGCAGUCUGGUGCACAUACAAAUAUGGUAACUCCGGUCCUGGAACAAUGGCUGGUCUUUUCGUACACGAGAAACAUGGCCAUGUCGAUUACAGUGAAGGGGAAGAUGCCCCCAAAUUCCGUCAUCGGUUGACUGGGUGGUAUGGUGGUGACCGUUCUGUGAGGUUCAAAAUGGACAAUAAGUUCAAACCGAUCCCUGGAGCAGGAGGCUUCCAAAUAUCUAACCCUUCUGCUAUUGACCUUACGGCUCUAUGCGCUGCUCUCUCCGUAUUUGACGAAACUUCUAUGGCUGAGCUUCGUAAGAAAUCAGUUCUGUUGACAGCGUACCUGGAGUAUCUAUUAUUGGAAGGCACGGCAGAGGAAUCGCGUCCAUUUCGCAUUAUUACUCCAUCGAAUCCUGAGGCAAGGGGCGCUCAGUUAAGUCUGCUACUCAAGCCUGGUUUUCUGCAGAAUGUCUCUCAGAAAUUGCAAGAAGCUGGGGUGGUCUGCGACAAACGAGAGCCAGGUGUCGUUCGCGUCGCACCUACUCCUCUAUACAAUACCUUCACUGAAGUGUGGACGUUCGUGCAACAAUUCAGGGCUGCAUUGGAGGUAUAA